AUGGUGUCCACUAAUCACGUUUUUUCUGGUUUUGCAUUCAUCAGUUUCGUUCUACUCAGUGUCCUUUUGCCACUCCAUAUAAAAGCAAGGAAUAUUGGUACAUGCGCUCUCAUUAUAUGGAUAGGCUUGCUUUGCUUGAAUGGAUUCGUAAACUCAAUCAUAUGGGAUCAUAAUGUCACCGAUUGGGCACCUGUCUGGCGUGAUAUAUCAUCUCGUCUGAUGAUAGGCGGGGGAAUUGGUGUGCAAGUAGCAUGCUUAUGCAUUGCUCGUCAUUUGUAUUUUGUCACAAGAAACAUAACCACGAAUCGGCUCAAUCAAGUCAGGCAUUGGAGAGCCAUUGCGUGUGAUUAUUUUUUGGUUAUAGGAGUUCCAAUGUUAUACAUAGUCACAUCUUAUGUUGCUCAAUAUUUGCGCUACAUAAUUUAUGAGGAGAUAGGCUGCUAUUUUUCAGUAUACAACACGCAGCCCCUUUACCCGUUGUGUAUUAUGUGGCCGUUCGUAUUGUCUCUUAUCAUUGUUGUCUACCUAGGUGUUACUAUUCGCACCUUGAUACAGCGGGGAGCAGGAUUCAAAACACUCAUUCAACAUGAUGAACAAUUUUGCCGACUAUUGGCACUGGCCGUUUUGAUGGUCACCUGCACGUUUCCGUACAGUCUAAUGGCAAUUGCAGUGGAUGCGACUUCGUACCCGCCUGUUUCAUGGCCUGGGUGGGAUGCUCUGCAUGCCGACAUUUCUUAUGUUUUACAGGUUCUAGCUGCUGAGUGGCAAGCAGAAAUACCUGCGCGCGUGGCUGCUUUACAGUUCAGACGAUGGGUUUAUGUGAUGUACGCCAUCAUUGUCUUUUCUUUUUUUGGUUCCACGACAGAAGCAAAGAAGAACUAUUGUGCUACUUGGGGCUUCCUUACCCGCUGCUUCAAUAGCUUGUGUAGAACCACCAAUGUUCAGAACAUGAGUCGCCCUAUACCCGGAUACGCUCUCCGAACACCAGGCCAUCUUCUAUUUCCACAUACACUGUCAAUUGUCGACAGUCCGGAAUGUACACCACGUAACUCAUGCUCACCCGAACUGUUCGACCCAAAAAUGGGGUCUAAUUUGGGCCUAGCACGUACCGAGACUACGCGCUACUCGGGCAGCGACGGCGAUGCACAGCACGCGCACUUUGCAACGUCGGUAUUCGAACAUCCUGCACCCGUAUUGGACAUCAUAUCUGUCUUACGUUGCCAUCCGCCCGAUCCUCACCCGGUUUAAAAUAUCUUCACAUAUUCCUUAACGUUGCGUGGAUGGUCUGGAGUGUCAGUUCAAGCCGUGGCCCUUUUCAUACUGGAGCUAAGCUCGUGUCGCAAGUUU